UGGCGCUAUACUGUCUAUGGCUAGUGAUCGUGAAGAUGUAUUUUUCUAAAUAAUGUGGGCCGGAGCGGAGCUAAAUGGAAAUCGUGACCAUUCAAAGGGUCAACACAUGAACAGCCAAAAUGACUGUGCAGACAUUUGAACCGAGUUCCACAGGGAUGGGCCGGCAGUUGCUGUGGAGAUUAGCAGUUUUGGCUGCCUUUCUUGGACUUGCGUUAACUCAAACAAUACCAUCAACAGUCAAGUCAAGCGCAUUGACUGGUUCCCUGCCCAAAUCCACACAAGUGACUGAGCCCAGGUCAUCAAAUCUAAACACUACCAUUUCAACGGAGACAAAUUCCUCAAUAACAACUGAAGUGACAAACGGGACUUCCAAUGAGACAACCGACCACCCGAUUACUUCUGCCCUGAUGACGACGUCAAUCACAACAGCAAUAACAGAAUCAACUGCGACGACUGUUUCCAUGGCAACCACACAACCUGUGUCCACCCCAGAGCAGCGCACAGCACAACCCAAGACGACACUAGCUCCACCCAAGCCGAGACCCACAAAACACCUGAGCCCGGUUUCCAAGGCAACGGCACCAGGAAGUGACGUCGUGACCCCAACCGGUAGGUCGGUACCUUCCGGGUCGACCAAUAACGUAGCUCUGUACCUUCUCCUGCCUCUGGUUGUCAUAGCUGGGAUCGCUAUGCUGGUCAUGAUCAUCUCAUAUCUAAGAAAAAGAAUCAGAUUGGACAAGCUUCGGCAUCAGCUCUUACCACUCUACAACUUUGACCCCCAAGAAGGAGAAGACUGGGAGACGGAACUCCUGACGGAACCAAGGCCAAGCAGCCAGACACCACUCAACCCCUCAAAGCCAAAGCCCACAUCCACUGCUAUUGCCGAGAUACCAAAGUUGCGUUUCUCCCCAGACACUGUGGAUGUCUAGAAACAGAGGUCCUGUCCCUCCCACAGGUUAUGCCCCGCCCACUCCAGAAACCCACUCUGUGUCAUCUUGGUACGAUCUUGCCAGUAGUACUUCAAAAUAACUGUGUUAACUUAGUACUAACAAAUGUAUUGGUCACUAUUGAUGAAUGUAAUUUUUUCUUAAAAAAAUGAAAAGUGUCUAUGUACAGUGUACUCUGGAAAAUCAAGAACUCCUAUCCAAAGAUUUUGCAUGAUAAAGAAAUUAAGUGUUUACAUAUUUAAAGAAAUUUUGACUGCCUAAAAAAGGAUCUAAACGAUCUAAGAGAGGUCUUUCUAUAUAUUGUGUACACAUUUUAUCCCUGAUCCAAAACUUGUUUCAACGUUGUUUCCUUCAGUGACAAAUUUGAAAAUACCAAUGUAAGUGGAUAACUUCUGUUUGCUGAAAACAGCAUUGCAUGGCCUCUCACAUGCAUGUUUAACUGUUUGUCCAAGUGAAAUACAAUCAUUAUUGAUAUAAAAAAAUACUUUU